UAUGGUAAACGAUGUUAUCCGUUCAAUAGAUUCAAUACAAUUAUGGCAUCACGUUCUUUCCCUUUGUUUCAUUCUUCCCUUUAUUGGCACAUCACCAGCAUUAUUUAUUAUCAACAAAUAUCCAGCCAAAGCUUUUGUUGGCGAUACUUAUUGUUAUUGGGCUGGAAUGACAAUUGUAGUUUCUGCUUUAACUGGACGUUUUUCAAAAACUUUGUUACUUCUUCUUCCACAGGUUUUCUUUGUAAUUUUAUUUUUAUUUUUUAAAUUCAUUUUUAGAUAA